AUGCAUCUUAUCGAUGAUACAUGGAAUAAAAGCAAUGAAAAUGUUAUUGAAAGACGACAAUUGGCUGAUCAACAACUUUAUGGUUUCCUAUUUUCUGUGGCUCGUGUCGAAAACGUGAUUGAAAAAGAUCUCUUAAGAUCAACAACUCCAAACAAACGUCAACUCUAUCGUAGUACUGAUGAAGAAGAAUCGUUCCACUCAAUGUUAUUGAAGAACGAAGACGAUUUAAAAACGAAAUCAAAUUUGUUCACUCAAGAUAAUUCUAGUACAGAAUCAUCCCAUAUCGAAAUUCAAAAAUUGAUGAAUACAAUUAAAGAAAAAGAUACACAAAUUGCAUAUCUAAAUCAACAAUACAAUCAAAUUCGUAGUACACAAUUGCGUGUUUUACAGCAAGUUGACAAAAUCAUAAAUCGUAUAAUCAACCUUAAACAACAAUACGAUAUAAAGCAAGAUAAAAUUGAACAAAUUAAAAAAGAAUUUGAUUUCAUUCUAGAACAUUUUGACAAUGCUAAAUUAGACGUAGAAAUAAUUAAACCAAUCAUAACUUCGAAUGGCGAUUUAUAUUUCGCUGAUAAAACAGUUGAAAAUAAAAAUCAAUUACAACAAGAUAUUCAUCAAUUCGAAAUAGGAGAGAAACAUAAAAUGAUCAAUUAUCUGAAUGCAAACGAACAAAAAACAAGAGAAUAUUGUCAAAUCGAAUCAGAAGUUGACAUAAAUGAUCAUAAAUAUGAAGACGAUAUUCAUAUUAGUGAAAAAAAGAAGCAGACAAAUGAUGGAAUCAAUCAAUCGAACGAAAAAGUUCAAUUAAAAUUGACAUAUUCACUGCGAACUGAUUCAAUCGGUGCACCAUGCACUGUAGCCGAGGCACUGAUGAAUGAAAGUGCUCUCGACACGUUGAACCGAUGGUUGGAGACUCAAACUGCUGAGAGACGUGUGACUUGGGCAUUAUGUGAAUUACCAGGCACCUAUGCCCUAUCAUCAAGUUUUGGUGCACAAGCUGCAGCUUCGCUACACUUAUUGACAGCACAGAAACCUGAUAUUCCAGUAUUACUCAUAGAUACAGGUUACCUUUUUCCAGAGACCUAUAGUUUCAUUGAUCAAUUACAUGAACGUUUACAACUCAAUCUUAAUGUAUUGCGUCCAGAGAUUUCAGCUGCUUGGCUUGAAGUACGUCAUGGUCGUUUAUGGGAAAAAGGUUUAGAUGGAAUCGAUCUUUACAAUCAUCUAGUAAAAAUCAAGCCAAUGCAACUUGCUCUAGAAAAUCUUGGUGUUGAAACUUGGUUUGCUGGUCUACGUCGCAAUCAAUCUGAAAGUCGCCAACGAAUUCGCAUUAUCGAACGUCAAAAUGGCCGAUGGAAAGUGCAUCCAAUAGCUGAUUGGACUGAUAGCGAUGUUGACAUGUAUUUAAAACGACACAAUUUGCCAUAUCAUCCACUUUGGGAAAAAGGUUAUGUUUCGAUUGGAGAUAUUCAUACUACUCGACCUUGGGAACCUGGUCUACGUCAAGAAGAUACUCGUUUCUUCGGUCUAAAGCGCGAAUGUGGCCUUCAUCAACACAGUUGA